CGGAGUUGAGAAGACUGUUGACUCUUUUCUUUUGAUGUUGGGCGGAUCUGCUUUGGAUUAAAUCAAUACUUUCUUUUCAUUCACAGAGGGAAGACGGCUGGCAGGAUCCCCCGCUGACUUGAGAGAGAAGAGAAGAGAGCCGAUUACAGAGGAAUUUGACAUCUCCCAUAGCAGCCAGAGAGCCAUGAGCAGUGCCUUGCUGGGGACUCCCCUCUCGGAUGAGACCGGCAGCUUUCGAGAAGACGCCCCUCGCCCGCCAGUGCCAGGAGAAGAAGGCCAGACACCAUGCCAGUUCCCAGCGCCAAGCCAAAGAUCCAAGUCUGCAUCACGUUCUGAUCCCCCCCGGAGAAAUGAAGAUGGUUUGGGGGAGCCGGAAGGCAGUGCGUCCCCUGACUCUCCGCUGGCACGGUGGAACAAGUCCUUGCAUUCCUUGCUGGGUGAUCAGGACGGAGCUCAUCUCUUCCGGACUUUCUUGGAAAGGGAAAAAUGCGUGGAUACUUUAGACUUUUGGUUUGCCUGCAAUGGUUUCCGACAGAUGGACAUCAAGGACCCUAAAGCGCUGAGGGUGGCGAAGGCUAUCCACAAACGCUACAUUGAGAACUGCGGCGUGGUGUCCAAACAGCUGAAGCCCCCGACCAAAGUUUUCGUCCGGGACUCCAUCAAGAAGCAGCUGAUCGAUUCCACCAUGUUUGACCCGGCUCAAGCGGAGAUUCAGCUGAUGAUGGAGGACAAUGCCUACCAGAUGUUCCUCACCUCCGACAUAUACCUGGAGUACGUCAGGACUGGGGGAGAGAACACGGCUUACUUCAACAACAUGGGACCCGGGAGCUUGAAACUGGUCAGCGGCUAUCUGCCCACCUUAAACGAGGAGGAGGAACUGAACUGUGUGGACCUACAACACAAGGGCUCACCAUCGGUGGUGGCUCUGUCCAGCAAAUCUUUGAGGGCUACUGCCCAUUCCCGAGCCAAGGAGACCAUUGACCAUUGCUACAGGGCGUACAAGAGGAGCGACCCCGCCAACCCGUACCACGUGGGCUCCGGCUUCGUGUUCGCCCCGGCCGCUAGCACCAAUGAGAGCGAGCUGUCCAGCGACGCCAUGACGGACGAUUCCAUGACGGACAGCAGCGUGGACGGGAUCCCGCCGUACCGAUCGGGCAGCAAGAAGCAGCUGCAGCGGGAGAUGCACCGCAGCAUGAAGGCCAACGGCCAGGUGGCUCUACCUCACUUCCCAAGGACGCACCGGCCGCCCAGAGAGAUGACCCCCAUUGAACCGGCCGUGUUUGCGGCGGAACUCAUCGCCCGGCUGGAAAAGGUGAAACAGGAACAAGAAACUAUGAACACGCUGGAGGAACGACUGCAGAAGAUCAAAGAGGAAGAAGAACAAGAAGAAUGUGAAUCUCCCGCCUGCUUCCAGCCCACUCAGGGCGCCUCUGUCCCGUCUCACCAUCCGCUGACUCUGGCACCUUCUGCCCCCUGCGAGGACGACCCUCAAGCCAUCCUAGAUGACCACUUAUCCCGAGUCCUCAAGACCCCCGGCUGCCAGUCACCAGGCGUAGGCAGAUCCCGAUCCCCCGACCGCUCUCGCCUACUACGGCCUUCGCCGCCGCCUACGGCGCUCUCGUCGCCUUGUCCCCUGCUGGCCAAGAGCUUUGUCACCAAGCAGACCACCAAACACAUCCACCACCACUAUGUGCACCACCACACCAUGCUAAAGACAAAGGAGGAGAUCGAGGCCGAGGCGGCCCGCAGGGUGCACUGCCCAUGUACCGGCUCCAACGACUACUGCUGCUAUAUGAGGAACCGGACGCACGCCAAGGGGGUGGACCUGUCGCUGCUACACGUGGAUCAUCUUGGCAGUCGGACCGGAACCUUAUCCAGAAGGAACGGCAAGACGGUGUCGGAAUAUUCGGUGGAGGGCGUAGACGGCACAACCAUUAUAUACCAGCUGCCGAUGGAAGGACACGUACCUCCGACGUGGCAGCGGGUGGUGGAGUCGGAGACAGAGAGGCAGUGCAAGCACAGAUCUCACAGUGCACAGAGCACCAAGAGGAGCGCAGCGGCCUGUGAGACCCCUCGAGCGUCCUCGGCGGAAAGGCCGGCACGCCAUCAGCAGUGGCUCAGUGGAGUGGGCCACCCUCGGCCGCCCGCACAUCCUCUAGUCCAGGACUUGGCCGCGGCGUCGCCCAGCACUCUGGCUCAGCUAGAGGAGGCCUGUCGAAGGCUGGCGGAGGUUUCCAGACCUUCAAAGCAAAGGUGCCCAUCAAGCAGUCACCAGCGGAGUCAUUCGGUGCCCUGCCAGCCGGGAACUUCCACCCCCCAGCAUGAAGACCAAACAGAACCAAAGAGACAGCCGGCCGCCCCUCCCCCCGGAGAGCUGACGGUGACAUAUUUCCUGUGUGGGGAGGAGAUCCCGUACCGGCGGAUGCUGAAGGCGCACAGCCUGACUCUGGGGCACUUCAAAGAGCAGCUCAGCAAAAAAGGAAAUUAUAGGUAUUACUUUAAGAAGGCCAGCCAGGAAUUCGAGUGCGGCGCGGUCUUCGAGGAGAUCCGCGAGGACGACGCAAUCCUCCCCACCUAUGACGGCAGAGUGCUGGGUAAAGUGGAGCGCAUCGACUGACACUCCGGUCACAU